AUGCAGUUUUCUCUAGACCCCAGACUCAAAUAUCCUCCUCAACACAAAAUUCUCAGACACCUGCAAUCUGUGUUCCUCCCUCAGAGUGAGAGACCAUGUAGGACUGUGAAUCAUACGACUCCAAAUGGUCAGAAGGGCCUAAAUUGUCCAAAGGGCCUAAUUGGUCAGAAGGGCCUAAAUUGUCCAAAGGGCCUAAUUGGUCAGAAGGGCCUAAAUUGUCCAAAGGGCCUAAUUGGUCAGAAGGGCCUAAAUUGUCCAAAGGGCCUAAUUGGUCAGAAGGGCCUAAAUUGUCCAAAGGGCCUAAUUGGUCAGAAGGGCCUAAAUUGUCCAAAGGGCCUAAUUGGUCAGAAGGGCCUAAAUUGUCCAAAGGGCCUAAUUGGUCAGAAGGGCCUAAAUUUUCCAAUGGGCCUAAUUGGUCAGAAGGGCCUAAUUGGUCAGAAGGGCCUAAUUGGUCAGAAGGGCCUAAUUUGUCCAAAGGGCCUAAAAUGUCCAAAGGGUCUAAUUGGUCAGAAGGGCCUAAAUUGUCCAAAGGGCCUAAUUGGUCAGAAGGGCCUAAAUUGUCCAAAGGGCCUGACUGGCUCAAAUGGGCUAAAAGGGCCGAAAUGGCCCAAAGGCCAGAUGGUCAAAACUGCCUAA